AUGGCCACCACCCUAACUACACCAUUGUUAAUGUUAUCAAUCGUCUUCGUACUCAAUUCUAUUCCAACCCCGUCAUUCUCCUGUCCACUUCAUCAAAAACAAGCGCUUCUCCACUUCAAAUCCACCCUCACCACCAUCAUUAAUUCCAGAUUGUUCAUAGAGCUUAACUCAUGGAAUCCUGAUUCCGAUUGUUGCACAUGGGACCGUGUUAAAUGCAACACAACCACAACCAUUACUGAGCUCAACCUCUCCAAUGUUGUUCCCGAGUUCGCCAAUCCGAUUCCGGUGUUCUCCGACAUCUUGAUUCCGCUUUUCCAUAUCCAAUCUCUGAAACUACUUGAUAUCUCGAGGAAUUCCUUGAACGGAGAGAUUCCCGGAGAUGGGUUUGGUAAUCUCACUGAAUUAGUUCACCUUGACAUGAAGCUGAAUAACUUCCAGGGUUCCAUUCCUUCUCAGCUUUUCGAACUUGAAUCUCUUCGAAUUCUUGAUCUAAGUAAUAAUAUUCUCCGGGUUGUUUUGAGCCAUGAAGUUGGUAAGCUUCGAAAUCUUGAACGUUUGUACUUGAAUGAAAAUUUUCUUUCGGGAAACAUCCCAGAAGAGAUUGGAAAUUUAACAAAGUUAAGGGAAUUAUACCUUGGAAAGAAUCAGUUCUCAGGCGGAAUCCCAUCUUCAGUUGUAUACAUGAAGGAACUAGAAUCACUGGAUUUGUCUGAUAAUUCUUUCUCCAUGCAAAUUCCUUCUGGCAUGGGAAUGCUACCCAACAUGGCGAGACUAGACCUAAGCAAGAACCAAUUCACGGGUCCAAUCCCAUCAUCAAUGCAAAACCUGAGCAAGUUAGAAACCCUUCGACUCCAACACAACAAGUUAACCGGAGUUAUACCAACGUGGUUAUUCAACAUCACAACAUUAAGGUAUUUGUUCAUUGGUGGAGCUCGAAACAACUUGAUUUGGGAUAACAAAGCAAACAUCAUUCCAAGAUGUAGUCUAAAACAGAUCUCCAUGACUUCAUGUGGAAUUUCCGGCCAAAUUCCUGAAUGGAUUUCAUCACAGAAAGAUUUGCAUUUUCUUGAUUUGAGCGUGAAUGAUUUAGAAGGUAGAUUCCCAGAUUGGCUCGUGGAGAUGGAUAUUUCAGGCAUAGUUCUUUCAGAUAACAAGCUCACCGGAUCUAUCCCGCCGGGACUGUUUGAAUCCAUGAAGUUAGAAUUUCUUGCCUUGUCCCGGAAUAACUUUUCCGAGGAGUUGCCGGAGAAUAUUGGCCAAGCCAGAUCGAUCACGACACUUAUGUUGUCAGGAAAUAAAUUUUCUGGACAAAUUCCAAUGUCCAUGUCGAACAUGAACAGGUUGCAUGUUCUCGACUUGUCCAGAAACAGAUUUUCUGGCGAUAGUUUCCCUAACUUUAGAGAAAACCCUCUUUUAUACGUAGACUUGUCGUACAAUGACUUUUUUGGUAAGAUCCCGUUGACCUUUUCUACAGAGAUCUUAACUCUUUCACUGGGUGGGAAUAAGUUUUCUGGUGACCUACCUUCAAAUUUGACUAACUUGGUCAACCUCGAAUGUCUCGAUCUUUACAAUAAUGAUAUUACUGGAUAUUUCCAAGAUGUUUUUCCUCGAAUUCCAACGCUUCAAGUCCUAAACCUAAGAAACAAUUCCCUUGAAGGAAUUAUCCCUGGAACAAUCUCUAACCUCACUUCUCUCAGGAUUCUUGAUCUUUCUGGGAACAAACUGACCGGAAGUAUUCCACAAGGAAUUGCAAACCUUGAAAGAACGAUCGAAACUCCCUAUACAAAACAUGCUCCCAAUGAUGUAUUCUUCUCGGAAAAUUUCCUUGAGGACAUUGAGUAUCAGGACUUGAUAGUGAACUGGAAGAACUCCCUUCAGGGCCUAUCUAGUCACAAUCUUGAUAUGUAUUGGUUCUUGGACUUGUCUAACAAUAAAAUCUCUGGUGAGAUCCCAACAUCGCUAGGAAAUCUCAAAAGCAUAAAAGUGCUAAACAUUUCACACAACAACCUCGUUGGGCAAAUUCCGGUGUCUUUCGGGAAUCUGAGGGACAUAGAGAGCUUGGAUUUGUCACACAACAAAAUCUCAGGUUCGAUUCCACAAUCACUAGUGAAGCUUGAUCAACUUGCGAUUCUGGAUGUAAGCAACAAUAGGUUAACAGGUAAGAUUCCAACAGGUUGGCAAAUGAACACAAUGAACGAGUUGAAUUUCUUUGCAAACAAUAGUGGAUUAUGCGGUAUGCAGAUUAUGAUCAAAUGCCCCGAGGAUCCCUCACCACCAAAAGGAAAUGUGGAGGAGAAGGAGAAACAAUCAUGGAUUUUAUGGGAAGGAGUGUGGGUUGGUUUUCCGGUUGGGUUCUUCUCAUCAAUCUUGAUCAUGGGAUACUUUCUGAAUUUUCUUUUGCUAUUCAAAUGUUGGUGA